AUGAUGAAACUGGGUCAGGCAUUGGACAUAGAUUCAAACAUGCCCAAGUUAGUCUCUCAGCUCGGUGGGAGUCGAGAGGCCGUAGAGCAAUGGUGUAUGAUAAUCGAAGACUAUUCACAGAGAGCUAUGGCCAUAGAAAGCGACAAAUUACCUGCCAUCGCAGCUUUGGCUGGAAAAUUUGCCCCGGUUCUCGGAGAAUACUACGCGGGUAUCUGGAAGGAUAGUUUCGUUAGCCAGCUAAUGUGGAAGAGACUCGGGCAGCUGGAACUGGGUAGACGCAGCGACAUCUACAGAGCACCUUCAUGGUCAUGGGCUUCGCUGGAUGACGGUGUCUCUUUUAGGAGGCCACAAACAGCCUGCUGCAUAUUGCUUUCAGCGCAAUCUAUGCCCAAGAACGGGCAUGUCCCUUAUGGAGAAGUGACCCGAGCAGCUGCAACGCUGUGCGGGAAGAUCUCUACUGGCUUCAUUACACGAGCGGAUGAACGGGGAUACUGCACGUUGACUCUUGAAAAACGUCAUGUUGAGGACGCACCAUUGAGGAGAUUCUACGCAUCUUAUUUCCAUCAAGUGAGUGCACAAGGGAAGCUGAUUGAGGUUUCAGAAGCCCCAAUGCAAUCAUGGAUUGAUGACGCACGACAUGUUUGUUUCCCCCAAUGUGUUGGUGAGCUGUCUCCGUGGUCUCACAUUUCUAUUGAUCAGUACUAA